UGAUAUUGCUGCAUCUGAUUUCAGGAUCAUAUCAAGCAGAUAUUGAGUGUGAGGAAUGCUCUGAUGGAACAUUUUCAGAUAAAUCUUCAACUACAGCAAACUGCAAGCCACUUACUGACCACUGGAAAGCAAAGGUGAACUUCAGCCAAUAAGUGAAGAACAAAUUUCCAUGACCAAGGAGAUUGGUUCUGAGCAAGUUGAUAUUCUCAGUACAAAGGAACAGCAAAUGAAAAAUGAAGGAGAAUGGGAAAGAGAACAAGAACUGGAAAGAGGAAGUGACCAGGAAAGAGGAGGAGAACUGAAAAGAGGAAGUGACCAGGAAAGAGGAGGAGAACUGAAAAGAGGAAGUGACCAGGAAACAGGAGGAGAAAUGAAAAGAGGAAGUGAUCAGGAAAGAGGAAGUGACCAGGAAAGAGAAGGAGAACUGAAAAGAGAAAGUGAUCAGGAAAGAGGAGGAGAACUGAAAAGAAGAGGUGAACAGGAAAGAAGAAGCAAACGGAAAAGAGUAAGUGAACAGGAAAGAGGAGGCGAACGGGAAAGAGGAAGCGAACGAGAAAGAGGAAGCGAACAGGAAAGAGGAGAACUGGAAAGAGAAAAACUAGAAAGACUAAAAAGAGAACGGGAACUAGCAAGGGAAAUGAGACAAGCAUCAAGAUCUAAAGGUGAACACGGGCAAGUGGGAGCUUCCACAGAGAGCCCUGAGACAUCGAUGGAACAAGUGAGGAGGACACAAAAGGCAGAGAGGAGGAGGAGGAGGCUAACCACCCCUAAGGUUGAAGAGGAGCCAAAUAAUGAAGAGGCCUGAGCACUGCAGUGUCCAUGCUGCAUUGCGAGAGUGUAUGGGGAAAAAGGGACCACUUGAUCACAAGAAACCUCCCAAACCUUCCUCCCUUCUAAAUCCUGGCCCCUCUGGCUUUGUGCAACCUAUGCAUCUUCUCCCUCAGAUCUAGAGGGCAUGCUGCUAAGAAACUCAUGAUCUGUAUUUGAACUACUCAAUGUGGAGACUCCCUUUAUAUUAGCACUGUGGGGUGUACCUAUGCCCUAUGGACUGUAUCAGGUCAAGAAGACAGUUCACCACCACCUCAUCAAAGGCAAAUAGGGAUGGGCAAAAAUGCCUAUAUCCAAUGAAUGAGUAUAUGUAAAAAAAGGACACCUCUGUGAAAUACAUACUGAUUCCCUGUAAAAUGGAUAAGAUGCAGCACCUGGCUUAAGAAUGGCUACGUGGAGGACCGUAGCCUAAGAACAAGAAAGAGGAUGAAUGAAGAGCAUUGCAGAUAUCUGUGACCUGCUGGUACACUGACCACAACAUGAUGCUUCUCAAUCAUUCAAGAGGCCAAAAACUGGACAUUCAUUGCUAGCUUAUUGAAUUCUUUGCAAAGUACAACGGAACAGUAGAUGAUAUCUGUCUCCCCCUCACUGCAGGACUGAAUGCUGUGGGGACAAUCCAGGGCCAUGAUGGACAUAUUGAUUGGUAGAAAGACAGCAGUUCAGAGGGGCCCAUUGUUACACUUUCAGGUUUAGUGCUAAAGGCACAAGCUUUCUAUGAAAUGGCUGCUUAUGGUAAUUCUCCAAUAGUGUAACCAGCAGCUACAGGGAUCAUUGCCUGGAACCUAACUCCCUGAUCUAGAUGCAAAGGCUGAGCUCUUGGCACAGAGUUUGUGGGUGUGGAGGAUCAAGAAAUGCAUAGUUAUUCUUAUUUGCAUUCAUUGCUCAAGUACUGUUUU